UUCGACGAUCAUCUAUAUCAACAUCCAUCCAUUCAUCGCCAUCACCAUGAUAGCACACGCCCACUCUCUCGCACACAUAUAACUGUGUGUUCUCCCAUCACUGCUUUUGUUUUGUUCCAUUCCUCUGCAACCAAACCUAUCUAUCUAUUUCUUUAUAUUGAAUAUUGUUCCUCCUCUUCAAGGUAUCCAUAAUCAUCCUUCAUAGCUCAUCAUUCUUCAAUCUCUGUUUGCUCAAUCCAAUUCUUUUUCUUAUUCCACUGGGUAGGAUGAACAAGAGGCCUAUAACCGCCGUCUACAAGGCCAUUCCUGAUCUCUGUCAUCGAGAACUCGGCCAUCUACCGCCCAGAAAUUUCGCUCAUCGACUUGGCGCCUCCGAGGAUCUUGUCCUUCGACUUGAUGUGCUCAGGAAACUGCAGAAGCACAGAGGUUGUGUCAACACUGUCAGCUUCAAUACUGAUGGGGACAUUCUGGUGUCCGGUUCUGAUGAUUUUAGGGUUAUUCUCUGGGACUGGGAAACUGGCCGUAUCAAGCUCUCUUUCCAUUCCGGUCACAAUAACAAUGUUUUCCAGGCCAAGAUCAUGCCUCACUCUGAGGAUCGAAGCAUUGUCACCUGUGCUGCUGAUGGACAGGUUAGACAUGCUAAAAUUCUUGAAAAUGGAGGAGUGGAAACUAAGUUUCUGGCCAAGCAUCAAGGAAGGGCUCAUAAAUUGGCUAUUGAACCCGGUAGCCCUCAUAUAUUUUAUACAUGUGGUGAAGAUGGAUUAGUACAGCAUUUUGAUCUGAGAACUGGGGUCGCAACAGAACUUUUUACAUGCCAGCCAAUCCAGGAUAGAUGGAACUAUAUGCCAGUCAUCCAUCUUAAUGCUAUUGCAAUUGAUCCAAGGAACCCAAAUCUCUUUGCCGUUGCUGGGACUGAUGAAUAUACUAGACUCUAUGAUAUUCGCAAGUAUAAAUGGGAUGGAUCUACAGAUUUUGGUCAACCAACCGACUUCUUUUGUCCUCCUCACUUGAUUGGUGACGAGCGGGUUGGAAUAACAGGCUUGGUCUUUUCUGAACAAAGAGAGCUGCUUGUGUCAUACAAUGACGAGUUUAUUUACCUUUUUACCCAAGAUAUGGGUUUGGGACCCGACCAUGAACCUGGGUUUCCUAAAUCUAUGAACUGUGAUGCAGGUGAACUUGGAUUUAGUCAUGGAUCUGUGUGGUCUCAAUCCAACAUGGAUGGCGAUGAAAAAAUCACCCCACAAGUAUUUAAGGGACACAGGAAUUGUGACACAGUUAAGGGUGUCAACUUUUUUGGACCCAACUGUGAGUAUGUGGUGAGUGGGUCGGACUGUGGUCGUAUUUUUGUAUGGAAAAAGAAGAGUGGUCAGCUUAUUCGUGUCAUGGAAGCAGAUAAGCAUGUUGUGAAUUGCAUUGAGUCCCAUCCUCAUACAAUGGUUCUUGCAAGCAGUGGUAUUGAGCAUGACAUCAAGAUAUGGACUCCAAAGGCCCUUGAGAAAGCUACUCUGCCCAAAAUUAUUCAACAGGUUCACGUGUGUGAUCGUGUUCAUUGGUUUUCAAUUGGUGGUGGUGGUUUUGAUGAAGAUUAUCUUAUCAUGUCUGAGGUUGAAUUUGCGGAUGGGAUUUCUGAGAGUGAUGAUGAUGAAGAGGACGAAGAAGAUGAUGAUGAGAAUGUGAAUGGUUAUGAUUGUGAUUAUAAUUAUGAAUAUGAUUAUUAUGAUGAUGAAGAGGAGGAGGAGGAAGAAGAGGAAGAGGAGAAGGAGAGCAAAGAGGGUGACAGUGAUGAUUGUGAUGAAGAUGAUGGGUGAUUAUAUCAGUGAUUAUGAUGGUGAGAACAAUAAAGUUGAUGAUGAUGAUAAAUGACAAUGACACGAUGAUAAUUUUGGUGGUGGUUGUAAUGAUGCAAAUUGAUGGAAAAUUUUGUGUCCCACAGAAACCGAAGGCUAGGGGCUGGAUGUACCGGAUAGCAUCUCCUGAAGACCUGAUGUUGCAACUGUUAUCACUUCCAAGACGAAGGCUUAGGACAGAAAACAAUGGAGAAAACUCAAC